AUGGCUAAUUCUCUGAAGAGGCAACUGUCCAGUGAAGCAGUCAACUCAGAUGAAAAGCGAUUUCAAGCUACGCUUAACUCAGGACCAGGGCAAGGUGACGCCUUAGCGGUGUUGGUGAGCUUAGUACCUGGCAGAGAAGGAAAAUUCACUUUAACAGAUGCAUCGGUAACAAAAAUUGGCCGAAGUCGAACGUGUGAUAUUGCCCUCUUGGAACCUGAUAUUUCAACGUUACAUUGUGAGCUGUGGACCCUGACCUUGGAAAUUGAUGGUUCUCGACGGCGGAUGAUUAAUGUCAUCGACAAGAGCCGUAAUGGUACUUUUGUAAAUGGCAACCGACUGGUCAAAAAAGAUUACAUUCUAAGAAACGGGGACAGGCUCGUGUUUGGAAAAAGCUGUUCUUUCCUGUUCAAAUAUCUAAUCGACGAAUCGCAAGGGCCCCACGUCCUUCCCUCGGACGAAAAUAGUACAGAACAAUUCAAAAAACCUCUUUUGAGCAGUCAAGAUAUUGUGAGGCGGCCACUUUCGUUGAAAAACCUCUCUUUUUAUGACAGAUACGUACUCGGGAAAGAACUUGGAAGUGGUCAUUAUGCUAUAGUGAAGGAGGCUACAGACAAAAGCAGUGGAGAUAUUGUUGCGGUGAAGAUAUUUCACCCCCAACUGAAUGACGACCAGAAAAAGACAAAACAAUUUCGCGAGGAGACCAAAAUUCUAAUGAGUAUUCAACAUCGCAACAUCGUGAAACUAAUGGAUAGGUUUGUUGAGCCCGUAAGCAAGUCUCAAAUUCAAACUUAUCUCGUUCUUGAGAAAGUCAAUGAUGGCGAAUUGUUUGAUCGGAUUGUGCGAAAAGGAAGAUUGAGACAGAACGAAACAAAUGCAAUUUUUAGGCAAAUUUUAAAUGGUUUACGGUACUUGCAUGCCAAGAACAUCAUCCACAGAGAUAUCAAACCAGAAAAUAUUUUACUUAACAUAAGAAAACGUCAGAGUCCUGAUGAGCUACAGCAAGGUCCAUGGGAUGAAGAUGAGCUUGAAAUUACGAUUAAAAUUGCUGAUUUCGGCUUGGCAAAGUUUAUUGGCGAAAUGCAAUUCACAAAUACCCUCUGUGGGACACCAUCCUAUGUUGCACCGGAGGUAUUAAAAAAGACAGGCUAUUCAGCGAAAGUUGAUUUAUGGAGCGCAGGUGUCCUCUUAUAUGUAUGUCUUUGUGGCUUUCCCCCUUUCAGUGAACAGUUAAGCCCGCCCUCCAUGAAAGAACAAAUUUUACGGGGGAAAUUGGCAUUUUACUCCCCUUAUUGGGAUGACAUUGAUGACUCUUGUCUACAUCUGAUAUCAAACCUCUUAGUCGUUAAUCCCGCUACAAGAUUUGAUGUAGGACAAACCAUCAAUCAUCCAUGGUUCGCCAGAGAAGCUUUUGAGCCGGACUCACUACCUCUUAAAAACCGAGAAUUGGUGAAGGCCAAUAAAAUUCUGAAGACAUUUUCGGAACUUUCUAACUUAAAAUAG